GUAUUUGCGAUGGACUAACGAGCUUGGGGCUUCACAGCUCGCAUACAGGUAUGUCAGCAAUUCCAAGACGGCUCCACGUCUCACUGACAGAGAAGCCAACAAGUAAAAUACACCGGGUGCCAAAAUAAGAAGAUCUGCGGGUGCCAACGGAUCGAUAAGAGACCACUGAAUGCCAGCAAACCUGGGUAAAAGGACUUCUACCUCAGAUCUGCUGGCUGCAAUGCUGACCUACUUCAGUUAAACACAGGAGGAAUCCGAGAGGACGCUGAUAGGCCUCUGGAAUGCCUAUGGUGCUGGGGUCACUGAGAGACUUCUGUAUGUAGAAAAAAAAGAUUAUUCUUCCUAUGGCUUUGUAAGACCCACCCACACAUUUAUCUACUUUCCUCAUGCUGCUCAUGAUAACUAAUGCAAAGAAGUAAAAAGCAAUCAGCUCACAGCCUAAUCUGAAACAAACUAAAGCCAAAAUGCAGUAUAUUUCGUCACUGACACUCCACGCUCCAGGUGUCCUGUUAUUUGCCUUCAUAUCAUCGGGGGCUGGCAGUGGGAUACCGGGUGCAGAAUACGACUAUGGCGCUCAUCCAAAAUUUGUGUGCACGCCCAUCCCACCCGACGCGGACCCCAGCUGCUUUCCGGCAGGCGGUGGUCCAGGAGCAUCGGGGCCCGCGACCAAUGGGAACGGACAUCACGGUCCGGGUAGCGGAGGCCCCAGCAACUACUGGGGAAUGACCGAGGAAGCCAAAACCACCAUCCUGCACCUCCGCGAAAGCCUGGUGCAGCAGAAGGAGACCAUUCUGGACCAGCGGGAGACCAUCAGGGAGCUGACGGCCAAGCUGACCCUCUGCGAGGGCUUCGGGAGGGGGGUGGGGGUACACGACGAGCACCACGGCCCGCACCUCUCUCACCACACCUAUCCCGACCACUCCCAGGGCCACCACGGCAACCACGUUUCGGACCCCCUGUACCCGCUGGCCGGCCACCACAGGAAGGCCGCUCUGGGAGGGGGAGACAAGCACAGCGGCGACAUGGUCGCCUCCUCGCCUGAGCAGAUGGGACGAAUGCUGCAGGCCCUAAAGGAGCGCCUCGAGAACCUGCAGCAGUCCAGGAACACAUCAAACUCCUACUCCAACUCCCUGAGGGACCUUCUGCAACGCAAGAUAAAUGCUCUGGAGCAGCAGAUGCACCACUACUCCAGCUCCCACAGCGGCGGAGACCACCAUGCUGAUGGCGAUCACCAUGACGACCACGACGACGACGGUCACCACGGCGACCACCACGAUGACGACGGCCACCAUGACGACCACCACGAUGACCAUCACGACGACCACCACGAUGACGGCCAUCCCGAUGAUGAUCACCAUGACGAUCAUGACAACGGGUCCGACGGCCAUGGCCACGGACACCCGCCGCGGAUGGCCUAUCACGGGCAGGGACAUCGAGGAGCAGCCUCCCAUGGGCUGCAUCCCAACAAGCUGGACACCGUACUGAACCACCUUCACCACAGAAACUCUGACACAGGCUCACGAAAAAAGCCAAAAAGUCCAGAUGCCUUUCAGAUAGGCUUCCCCAUGCGCACUAACUACAUGUAUGGACGAAUCAAGAGAACGCUCCUCCAUGAAAUCUUCUCCCUCACACUCUGCUUGUGGCUUAAAGGAGCAGCAGGUCCCGGUUUGGGGACCCCGUUCUCCUACUCUGUUCCAGGGCAGGCCAACGAAUUGGUACUGAUAGAGUGGGGCAGCAACCCUAUGGAGCUUCUAGUUAAUGACAAGGCAGUGACGCUACCUCUCUCUCUGAGCGAUGGAAAAUGGCACCACGUGUGCGUGACCUGGUCGACACGGGACGGGGCGUGGGAGUCCUACCAGGACGGUGUGAAGAGAGGGUCCGGGGAGAACCUCUCUGCCUGGCACCCCAUCAAACCCGGCGGGGUCUUCAUCUUGGGACAGGAGCAGGACACCCUUGGAGGGCGAUUUGAUGCCACGCAGGCCUUUGUUGGGGAAAUUUCUGACCUCCAGCUGUGGUCCCAUGUGCUCACAGCUCACGAAAUAUAUAGCCUGGCAUCGUGUGGGAGUCACCUGACUGGUGACGUCAUUGCAUGGAGCGACUCUGUGGUUGAGCUGCACGGCGGGGUCACCAAGUACCCCUUCGAUCCCUGCCACUAAAGAAUGCAGGGCAUCAAACCACUCGCAACGCAACACCCCUCCUCACUUAGAAAUUUGGAUAAAGUGCUUCUGGAGGAAAGACCGGUGUGACCCUUCCCAAUACCCCAAACAUAUUGCCUUCCCUCUUGCAAGAGACUGAGAUACUGGGACCCUGUAAAUAUGACUGUUUAACAGGAGCACUGUAUAGCUAGUUUUAGUGCUUUGUACCUUUAAUAGUGAUGCAACAUAGACAGUGAGACGGAUUUUAAUCCAUUUUCUUAACUGGGCUAUGCUAGGACCAAUGAAGAUAAAGGUAUGAAUACUUCAGUAGUUUUAGAAUGCUAUCACAGAGCCAGUUCCUGCUUAAAUACAGGGACUGCAUUGUUGAUGGGACUUUCUGAGAGCUCUGUAUAGCAGAGUUGUUGAAGAUUUUGUUUUCGAUGAAGAACAAAGAAAUACAGCUACACCAAAGAUAGAAGAAACAGUAUACAAGCAAAAUGCUAGUCAUUUAAAUAAUUACCAGAAAUAAAUAGUAUACAAUAGUAUUCAGAUUAAAUCAUAGUUAUUAGAUUAUAGUAUUCAUAAGGGUUAGAUUUUUAUUGUUCUGUUUUUUUUUUAUUUUAAAUUUUAAAUUUUGAUUUUGCUUUAUCAUUUUGAGCUGAAAGGACUUGAAAUUCAGUCUAGAAAAGGACUCUUUAUUUGAGCCUGCUGGACAAGGGGCAAGUAGGGCAACACAGUCUACUGGAAUUGUGGAUGCCUUCACAUGAACAUAUGAGAGCAAUAACCUUUUUAAAUAAAGGCACCCAACAUCGGGCUAUACAUGCCCAAUUCUCAUGUUCAAUUAGAUAUUUCCAACCGCAGCCACGUUUAGACCUAGCAUUUAAAUUUAACUUAAUAAUAAAUUAUAACAAAGGUAAUAAAAAGCACCUUAAUCCAUUUUUUUUGUUUCAGUGAAAAUAUUUACAAUACAUGGAUACUGAUUGAAAGAGCAAUGCAUACACACUCACUGAUUCUUGACAGUGGCAGAAAUACAAACUUCAACGCUAUGUUAAUAGCUUGUUUAAGUUUUCUUUUGCCUGAAUACAGCAAAAAAAAAAAAAAAAAAAAAAAAAAACCUGUGUAACUAUGGUGAUAUCAAAGAAGAAACCAAGAAUGUUUCCCUUUGAGCAUGAUAUAUUUUGUAUUUUACUUUUGGUAUUGGCAAGUUGAACAGUUAUCUUCCAUGCCAUGACAAUCACUAUGUAUAUACUUAUGAACAUGUUACGUUUUAUCCUGAUAUCCAUACUAUCUAUUUGUGUAUAUAUUUUGUGUAGAUGACUCAAUGCCAUGUUUAAUAUAUUCUAUGUUUUAACGGAGUCAUUGAGACCUGUUUUAGGUACUGUGUAAUGUUUAAUAUGUUUUUGUUUUUCAUUGUGGGCCAAGUUUAUAAAACAUCUCACAUCUUCCUUUUUAUAUAUUUUUGUAUGAAGAAAAUAACUCAAGGGGUGACCCUAUUCGUAUCAUGUACUUGAUCAUAGUUUAAUAUAGUUUGUAAAAAAGAAUGGAUUUGGAAAUCUUUGACCAAUCUGACAUUAUGUAUCUUUAAACCACUGUAAAUAAUUAUCCUUCUUUAUAAGUAAUGUACUGUUUGUUUGUGUUGUUAUGCUUGUAAAUAUUGUGCAAAUUAGUUUUUUUCAUUAUGUGAGGACUGUGUACAAGCCAACAUGGCAAUGCUGCAUCUGAAAACUUGAAGAAACAAAUGUAAAAACAGAAUCCACACAUUCUUUUUUGAACAAAUGUAUUGAUAUUUGUAAAUAAAGAUUUUGAGUACAGAA